GCGGGCUCCCGGGUCCCUCGAGAUGGGCCGGCGGCAGCCGCGUGUCUCGCUGCCCCUCCUCCUCCUGCUCCUCUUCUCCGGCGCCCUCGGCAACAAAGCCAACAAGCACAAGCCUUGGAUUGAGGCUGAGUAUCAGGGCAUCGUCAUGGAGAACGACAACACAGUCCUGCUAAAUCCCCCACUCUUUGCUCUGGACAAGGACACUCCACUGCGCUACGCAGGUGAAAUAUGUGGAUUCCGGAUCCAUGGGGCAGGGGUGCCUUUUGAAGCAGUGAUCCUGGACAAAGCAACAGGGGAGGGACUGAUCCGGGCCAAAGAGCCAGUGGACUGUGAGGCUCACAAGGAGCAUACUUUCACCAUCCAGGCCUAUGACUGUGGUGAAGGACCAGAUGGUGCCAACACCAAGAAGUCCCACAAGGCCACGGUGCAUGUGCGGGUGAACGACGUCAACGAAUUCGCUCCCGUCUUCGUGGAUAAGCUGUACCGCGUGGCGGUGACGGAGGGGAAGCUGUAUGAUCGCAUCCUGCGGGUGGAAGCCAUCGAUGGGGACUGCUCCCCACAGUACAGCCAGAUCUGCUACUACGAGAUCCUGACGCCCAAUGUCCCCUUCCUGAUUGACAAUGACGGGAACAUUGAGAACACAGAGAAGCUGCAAUACAGUGGUGAACGCCUGUAUAAGUUCACAGUGACAGCCUAUGACUGUGGCAAGAAACGGGCCUCAGAUGAUGCUGAGGUCGAGAUUCAGGUGAAGCCCACCUGCAAACCCAGCUGGCAAGGUUGGAAUAAGAGGAUAGAGUAUACCCCAGGUACAGGCAGUCUUGCUCUGUUCCCCAACAUUCACCUGGAGACGUGUGAUGAGCCCCUGUGGAACAUCCAAGCCACUGUGGAGCUGCAGACAAAUCAUGUGGCCAAAGGUUGUGAUCGUGACAAUUACUCUGAGAAGUCACUGCGCAAACUCUGUGGCGCUGCCACAGGUGAGGUGGAUCUGCUGCCAGUGCCCGGUCCCAUGGCCAACUGGACAGCACGGCUCUCGGUCCAUUACAGCCAGGACAGCAGUCUCAUCUACUGGUUCAAUGGCAGCCAGGCCACCCAGGUGCCCAUGGGCAGUGGGACCGGUGCCCUGGAAGGGAUGAGUGACCACUUCACCUUGUCUCUGUGGAUGAAACACAGUGUGGCCCCCAGCAAAGGCAAGCGGGAGGAGGAGACGGUGAUCUGCAGCACCAUGCGCAACGAGGAUGGGUUCUCCCAUUAUUCCCUCACGGUGCAUGGCUGCCGCAUUGCUUUCCUCUACUGGCCACUGCUGGAGAGCGCGAGACCCGUCAAGUUCCUCUGGAAACUCGAGCAGGUCUGCGAUGAUGAAUGGCACCAUUAUGCCCUUAACCUGGAAUUCCCCACCGUUACGCUUUACGUCGACGGCGUCUCCUAUGACCCUGCGCUGAUCCACGACAAUGGCCUCAUCCACCCUCCAAGGCAGGAGUCUUCCCUCAUGAUCGGAGCCUGCUGGGCUGAGGAGAGAAACACAGAGAAAGCAAGAGUGAAUGAGAACUCCACAGACUUGGGGCAAGGAGACCCUCUGCCAAUCCACCACUACUUCCAUGGUUACCUGGCUGGCUUCACUGCGCGCCCCGGCAGCCUUGAGAGCCGGGAGGUGAUAGAGUGUCUCUAUGCCUGUCGCGAAGGGCUGGACUACAGCGACUUUGACAGCCUCGGCAAAGGGAUGAAGGUCCAUGUUAACCCCUCCCAGUCUCUUCUCACCUUGGAGGGGGACGAUGUGGAGACCUUCAACCAUGCCAUCCAGCACGUGGCCUACAUGAACUCCCUGCGCUUCGCCACGCCCGGCGUCCGGCCCCUCAAGCUUGUCACGACUGUCAAAUGCUUCAGUGAGGAAUCCUGCGUCUCCAUCCCAGAUGUGGAAGGCUACGUAGUUGUGCUUCAGCCUGAUGCUCCUCAGAUAUCGCUGAGCGGCAGUUCCCAUUUGGCCCGGCCUGCCUCUGACUUUGAAGGUCCCGAGGGAGUCCCCCUCUUUCCUGAUGUUCAGAUUUCUUGCUCCAUUUCACAUCAAGUGGAAGCUAAGAAAGAUGAAAGCUGGCAUGGCACAGUGGCAGAUACGCGGAUGUCCGAUGAGAUUGUUCACAACCUAGAUGGCUGCGAGAUCUCCCUGGUUGGAGAAGAACUGGAUCCUGAGAGAGAGACUCUCCUCUUGGAUGGGGCCUCUUUGCAGCAGCGAGGGCUGGAGCUAAUCAACACCUCUGCCUACCUCACUGUCACAGGUGUGGAGAGUAUUGCGGUGUAUGAAGAGAUCCUUCGCCAGGUCUCAUACUGCAUACGCCACGGUGCUGCCCUUUAUGAGAGAAAGUUCCGUCUUUCUUGCACUGAGAUGAACGGGCGCUACUCCAGCAAUGAGUUUACAGUUGAGGUGAAUGUGCUGCAUAAUAUGAACCGAGCUGCUCACCCCAAUCACAUUAUGAGCGCCCAGCAGUUCAUGCACCGAGGCCACCAUCUUCCACCAGAACUCUCCGGCCACAGCCUGGCUAACGUUCACCGUAACUCCAUGGUCCCCAGCGCCGCCACCAUAAUCAUUGUGGUGUGCGUGGGCUUCCUGGCGCUGAUGGUGAUCCUGGGUGUCCUGCGCAUCCACUCCUUGCACAGGCGAGGGGCCGAGCGCGAGUGCACGGGGGACUCGGCUGGGGGCCAAGCGGGCGCCCAUGCCAAGGAGAGCGAGAUGUUCUGGGACGACUCUGCCCUCACCAUCAUCGUCAACCCCAUGGAGUCGUACCAGAGCUGUCAGGAGAGGGCAGCGGAGCGUGCCGAGUCCAAUGCCAGAGAAGCAGCUGAGGAGGAAGAGGAG